AAGUCCGUUUUCUAACCAUUAUCGAAAAUCAAACCAAAUUGAAAAGUCGUAGCAAAAAGUUCUCCAAAUUUUUCGUAAUACAAAAAAAAAUGAACUACAACAGCUAUGGGUCCCAGCCAAUGGCCGAAUCUGAGCCUACGGUUUCCGGAACAGGAGUUGAAAUAGUUGAUGGAUACGCAGGUCAGAACCAAACGCAGUUUUACCAACCACCCCGUCAGCAAAAUACGUACCAGCAGAACAUUCAGUAUCCUCAGUAUCAAAACCAACGCUAUACGAUGGCUGGAGCCGGUUCCAAUUCCGGAAUGCCCCCAAACAACUACAGUUCCUCCUAUCAGCACCAGCAGUACCAAUACCCGGCAGCAGUUGGACAGCAAAGGUACAUGCCUCCGACUCGAGGACAGCAACUGAUGUCCCUUGCUGAAGAAAGUCAGACACCUCAACCGCCAAACUACGGCGAAGGACAGUACUUCGUAGAUCCAGCGUGUACCAUUCCAGCGGGACAGCUGCAAAACGCACCCCAGUCUUGGCAACAAUUCUCGCAAGUGGUUCAGAAAGGAGUCGGCCACAAACAAUCUUCUUCGGCAAAUGAAAGCCAAAAAAUAAUGCCAAGUUAUCAGCCGGCGACUGCGCCUUCAACGACCGGUCAGGCGCAACAACUGCUCCAAUCUGCCAUGAGCUUCUCUGACCCUGGAUAUGGUAAGUUCGAAAAAGCCAACGGACUAAACCCGACCCGGAAUCAAGUCAGUAAAUUAGUUCCGAAGAAAUUGUAACUUUCGAAAUAAAUGAGCUUGGUAUUUAAGCACAAA